CCGCAAUGGACCACGGGAAGGAUUUUGCACUCCAUCCCAUAACAAGAGUUUUCAUUGGCUAGCUCGGUAAGGGACAUUCCUCUUUGACCAAUCAGGAAGAGUUUGAUGGAACGGCUUCGGUAAUGGUCACAUGGCAAAACAACAUGGCGGAAGGAGAGGAAAACCUACUGGUGGUGAUCAUAGACUGUAACCCUGUGUGGUGGGGCAGGAGACAACAGCAGGCAGCUGAGCCUGCCCAGAUUGUGCUGUCCCACUGUCUGGAUGCCAUACAAGUGUUUGUCAACUCCUACCUGAUGUUGUCUCACAAGAACAGGGUGGCCGUCAUCGCCAGUCACACCAGUAAAACACAUUUCCUGUACCCUAAGAACAUGGCUGACCCCAGGUUAGACCAGAGGAGAGGGGAGGAUGGGAGGUACGAACAGUUCGCCACUGUAGACGACACUGUUGUGGAGGAGAUCAAACAGUUCAUGACAUCAGAUACGACCAGCAGAGAGUUGAAGACAGACACCCUGCUGGCUGGCUCUCUUGCAGUUGCCCUCUGCUAUGUUCAUAGGUUAGAAAAGGAGUACCAAGCGGGACAACAACUGAAUUCCAGAGUAUUGGUUAUCAAGGCAGCAGAAGACAGCCCCUCCCAGUACAUGAACCUCAUGAAUGUCAUAUUCACUGCACAGAAACAGAAUGUUGUUAUAGAUGCCUGUAUACUUGAUAAGGAGUCAGGACUACUACAACAGGCUUCUGACAUCACGGGGGGCAUUUACCUGAAAAUACCACAGAUGUCGGGACUCCUGCAAUAUUUACUGUGGGUGUUUCUGCCUGACCUGACCAUGCGGGAAGUCAUGGCUCUCCCACCUAAAGUACAGGUAGACUACAGGGCCGCCUGUUUCUGUCACAGGACACUCAUAGACAUAGGCUACGUCUGCUCUGUCUGUCUAUCAAUUUUCUGCUCCUUCAGCCCUAUCUGUUCCACAUGCGAGACUGCUUUCAAAUUAGCCAAACCUCCCAUGUUCAAGUCAAAGAAGAAGAAAAGAUCCUUACAGAAUGGAGGGCCGUCAACAUCACUACUGUAGUGUUAUAGGAAAACUACUUUGUAUGGAUGAUAGAGUUGUUACAUGUGCAGUGCCAGGGAACAGCAAGGAAAUGAAAGGUUUAAAAGGUUAGAUAUGGGGGCUAGGGAACUCACAUGCUUUGGUAUUUUUUAUGGACAGUGUUCAGAUCUCCAAAAAAAUGUUUUCUUAAUAAUACAUCUUAUUGAUACCUCUGCCAGCCAUGAGUAAAAUUCAAAGCAUUUUGUGUAAACUUGGUUUGUUUGUUUCAUCCAGUGAGGAAUCUGGUAUCGUAUUGUUUGUGUAGUUUUGUUAAAAACUGAAAAUGUUUUGAGUUCUCUUCAAUAGUCAAGUUCGACAUAAGGAUAGAUACCUGGGAAGUUAUUUACUUAUUAUACAAAGAAUUAUUUUUGCAUCCAGCAUAUGGAUAGUACCUACGACCUGUU